AUGGGUCAAUUACAGGUCUUGGCUGCGUUACUCAGCGUGUUUCCACAAAUUGGUCUUUCGAAACCAUGCGAGACUCCAUAUCCUCCUCUUAUGCACCCUUUGCAAUCCAGACAAUUCUCUGAUAAUUUGGGUGCUGUUGCGAGUGAGAGUGAGAUAUGCAGUACCAUUGGAGUUAAUAUUCUACGGGAUCGCGGUAACGCGGCCGAUGCUAUGGUAGCGACAGUUCUCUGCAUUGGAACAAUUGGCAUGUAUCAUUCUGGUAUCGGUGGAGGAGGCUUUAUGCUCAUCCAUGCACCGGACCAGAAGAAUGGAUCGAAUUCAUACGAAUUCGUCGACUUUCGUGAGACGGCACCUGCGGCUGCUACGGAAAACAUGUUCAAAAAUAAUGUGAACGAGAGUAUAUCCGGCGGCAAAGCAAGCGGUGUCCCAGGAGAAUUGAGAGGUCUCCAACAUCUACACGAAAAAUACGGCAGUCUACCCUGGUCUCAACUCGUGCAACCAGCCAUCAAGGUCGCACGCUACGGCUUCCCCGUCAACAACGACACCCUCAAGUUCAUGGGAGCCACCUACACCAAAUUUGAGAACGAGAGUUUCCUUCUCAACGAUCCAGCUUGGGCAAUUGAUUUCGCACCUUCCGGCAGACUCGUCAAGUUUGGCGAGAAGUUGACACGAAAGAGAUUUGCGGAUACUCUAGAAACCAUCGCUUCUGAGGGACCAGAUGUCUUUUAUCAAGGUGCUAUCGCCGAGGCGACUAUUCGGACUUUGAAGCGUGAAAAAGGCGUCAUGACGAUGGAUGACCUUAAGAAUUAUUCUGUUGAAAUUCGUCAGCCUUCGCAGAUUAAUUAUAGAGGUGGAAAGGUCACGAGCGGUUCGGCUCCUUCAAGCGGUGCUGUAGUAGCAGCUGCAUUGAACAUUCUGGACGGAUAUGACUUCCUUGGAGAUCCAAGUCGGGUCAACGAUACGGCUUACUAUACCGACGAAGCGUUCAAGUUCAGCUACGGCAUGCGUACCAACUUGGGCGAUCCCAGUUUUGUGGAUGAUAUGACAGAGUAUCAGAAACAAAUGUACUCGAACAAGACAGCUCAAGAGGUUAGAGCAAAGUUGGAUGGUCGAGCUCUUGCGUUGAAAGAGUAUGAUCCCAAAGGCCUUGAGAGCUUGGAAACACCUGGAACAUCUCACAUCGUCGCCAUGGACUCAUCCGGCUUAGCCAUAUCGCUUACCACCACCAUCAACCUCAACUUUGGCUCCAAGGUCAUCGUCCCAGAAACAGGCAUAAUCAUGAACAACGAGAUGAACGAUUUCAGCAUCCCAGGCGAAUCCAACCAAUUUGGCUUCAUCCCCAGCGAAGCAAACUUUAUCCGUCCCGGAAAACGCCCUCUUUCCAGUAUCAGCACCACCAUCGUUGAAGACGCAGACGGAAAGGUUUCUCUUGUUACAGGAUCUGCUGGCGGUAGCAGGAUCAUCACUGCGACUACGCAAGUUGUGCUCAAUGCUAUUGAUAAGAAUAUGACUGUGCGCGAAGCCCUUGCUGCGCCUAGAUUACACGACCAGCUUGUCCCGCGACAGGUGACUUUUGAGUAUGCGUUUGAUAAUUCUACUGUUGCGUAUCUGAAAGAAGUUGGGAAUAAUGUUACGUGGGUGCCGACGCAGAGCACGGCGCAGGCUUUGAGAAGAUUGGCGAAUGGGACGUUUGAGGCUGCUGGAGAGCCUCGACAAGUGAAUUCUGGUGGUUUCUCAACUUGA